AUGGCGACCGAAUCACAGCCUCAAGAUCUCCCCAUGGAUCUUCCCAUCAUCGACCUCGACAUCUACCUCAACAACCCCUCCUCCUCUCCCGCCGUCCAAGCCGAAUGCUCCCGCGCCGCCUCCGCCCUCAUCACAUACGGCGCCCUGCUGCUGCACGACUCGCGCGUCUCCGAAGCCGACAACAACACCUUCCUCGACCUGCUCGAGGACUACUUCGCCCAGCCCGAGCAGGACCUCAAGCGCGACGAGCGCCCCGAGCUGAGCUACCAGAUCGGCGUCACGCUCGAAAACACCGAGAAGCCCAAGUGCGCCGUCGACGAGCCCUGCCUGGACGUCAUCCAGCGCCUAGACCCGAGCCAGCGGCCGCUCGACAUCUCGGCGCACUCGCCCGACCCAAAGUGCCGCUUCUUCUGGCGCAUGGUCGAGCUGCCGCCGUACGAGACGCAGUUUCCGGGGCUCAACGCCGAGAACAUUGUGCCCGAUGCCGCGCACAUCAAGGAGAGAUGGGCACCGACCAUGAACCAGUGGGGGAGCUCCAUGAAGAAUGCCGUCUCCAAGUUGUCUGAAAUGACAGCCCUCGGCCUCGGUCUCGAAGCCGACCACUUUAGCUCCGCCGGCCGCUACGGCCCCCAUCUCCUCGCCCCAACCGCCUCCGACCUCACCAAGUACGGCGCCAAAGACACCAUCCUCGCCGGCUUCCACACCGACCUCAACUUCCUCACCAUCCAUGGCCGCUCCCGCUACCCCGGCCUCAACAUCUGGGCCCGCAACACGGGCUCCCGCAUCCCCGUCAAGAUCCCGCCCGGCAACUACCUCCUCGUCCAGGCCGGCAAGCAGAUCGAGUACAUCACCGGCGGCCUCAUCAAGGCCGGCUACCACGAGGUCGUUGUCAACGAGCGCACCCUCGAGGUCAUCGAGAGGCGCAAGGCCGAGCUCCCCGACCGGCCCCUCGUCCGCAUCUCGAGCACCCUCUUCUGGCAUCUCAAUUCUGACUUUGACCUAGCGCCCGUCCCGGCGCUGGCCGAGAAGGCGAAGAAGGUCCGCGAGGAACAGGCCAAGCUCGGGCGAGACGAGGGCGAGGAAGUGCAGUAUCCUGCGACCAAGGUCGGAUUCCAGGUGCAAGAUGAGCUGAAACACAUUGCUUUGAUGGCAUAA